AUGAUACGACCGGCUGUGUUGGUGGCUGGGUGUUUUUAUUUGUCGAUGGUAUGUCAAGGGGAGAUUGAAGAGGUAGGAAAAGAACCUCGGCCUUUCUACAUAAUCUCCAAGAAUACGGACAGGGUGAGUAAUGAUAAGUUGGUAUUUAUAAAAAAUUUAGGACUACAUUCCUUAUAUGUACGAGUAUCCCUUCCUCACCACCAACUUGGAUCAUCGGCUUUACAAGCAAACGGACGCCGAUUCCUUCCCCAUAAUGCAGGCCCCAGUCGCCCUUUCUAAUCCCAUCUGGAAUCUAAUCAGCCACGCCAGUCGUAUGUACAGACAGAGUCGACGGGCGACGCAGAAAUAA